GCUCUGGGGGGAGCGAUCGCGGGUCUCAGGCCCGGCCGCAGGAAGUGACUCGCAGCCGCUGCGGGGACUCUGGCUCCCGGCGAGAUCCCCGAGCCCCGGCGGCUGGUGCUGGGAGCCCGGAGCCCGGGCUGCAGCCGGGAGAGGGGAACCUCCAGCCGGGCCCUGCCCGCUGCUCCCCGGGAGCCUCUCCCAGGGCAGAGCCCCCAGCCCGGCCAGGGCCCCUUCCCGGCCCGGCCCCUGCCCCGGGGGGCCCCGCUCGGAGGGAAGCGGUUGGCUCAGGGAUGCUGUUACUGGGAGGGUCUAAAGAGCCUGGGGGAAAUCAGGGGGUGACAUGGACUCCAGCCCCUUCUGUAACCUCCCCCAUCACCCCGACAGGCUGAGGAAUCACGUCCACAUAGCCAGCUCAGAUGCCGGUGACCUUCGAGGAGGUGGCUGUGUAUUUCACCCAGGGGCAGGGGGCUCUGCUGGACCCCGCUCAGAGAGCCCUCUACAGGGACGUCAUGCAGGAGAACUACGAGACAGUGACCUCGCUGGGAUUUCCCAUUCCCAAACCUGACCUGAUCGCCCGCCUGGAACGAGGGGAAGAGCCGUGGGUCCCGGAUCUCCAGGCCUGCGAGGAAAGAGAGAGCCUGAGAGGGGCCCACACAGCAGGUGCUGAGCGAGUGAGUGAGAGCGUGGAGGGGAAUCACCAUCAGGAAGUUCUUGGGGAAGUGGAAUCACAGGGGACCUUUGUGGUAAGAGCUGAAAUUUCCCAGUGUUGGAAACAGAGAGAAGCCUGGGAAAAUUGGCACAGGUCAGAGAAGAUGCAGGGAAACCACCCAAGGAAGAAAGUGCAUGAAUCUAUUAAAUGUGGGGGAGGGGACAAGGAUCCCACAACCCAGCAGACAAAUUCCAAAGAAGACAUACGCUAUGUAUGCCUCGGUUAUGGGGAAAGAUUCAUUCUGAGAUCACAUCAGACAAUCCAUACUGGAGAGAAACCACUUCAGUGCUUGGACUGUGGGGAAAGCUUCAAUAAUCGCUCAGCCCUGAAUAACCAUGGGAGAAGCCACAGAAGAGAGAAACCCUCUCAAUGCCUCGACUGCGGGAAAUGUUUCAUUUGGAAGUCAGAACUAAUUAGACAUCAGUUAAGCCACACAGGAGAGAGACCCCAUAAGUGCUUUGAUUGUGGGAAAAGUUUCAAACAGAGGUCAGACCUUUUUAAUCAUCAGGCAAUCCACACAGGAGAGAGACCCCAUAAGUGUGUGGAGUGUGGGAAAAGUUUCAGUCGGAGGUCAGUCCUUGUUAUUCAUCAGAGAACCCACACAGGGGAGAGACCACAUAAGUGCUUGAACUGUGGGAAAAGUUUCAUUCAGAGGUCAGACCUUCUUAAACAUCAGAGAAUCCACACAGGAGAGAGACCUCACAAGUGCUUGGACUGUGGGAAAAGUUUUAGUCGGCGGUCAGCUCUUUUUAAACAUCACGCAUUCCACACUGGAGAGAGACCCCAUAAGUGUUUAGACUGUGGAAAAACUUUCAUAUGGAGGUCAGACCUUGUUAAACAUCAGAGAACCCACACAGGAGAGAGACCCCAUAAGUGUUUACACUGUGGGAAAAGUUUCACACGGAGGUCAGUCCUUGUUAAUCAUCAGAGAAUCCACACAGGAGAGAGACCCCAUAAGUGUUUAGACUGUGGGAAAAGUUUCACAUGGGGCUCAGACCUUCUUAAACAUCAGAGAAUCCACACAGGAGAGAGACCCCACAAGUGCUCAGACUGUGGAAAAGGUUUCAUAUGGAGGUCAAACCUUGUUAGACAUGGGUCAAUCCACACAGGAGAGAGACCCCACAAGUGCUUGGACUGUGAGGAAAUUUCACACAGAGAUCACACCGCAUUAAACAUGAGAGAAUCCACACAGGAUCUAAAAUUCUCUGUCACAGGGACAGAAGGUGUUAAGGAAAUUGCAUGUAAUUGACCAAGAUACAGCCUUUAGAGACAUAUUCGAAAAGUGUGUCCUCGUUAGAUAAACUAGAGCUUCGAAAGGUAAACGUGUAUUGUUAAAGACAUGGAAGAAGAUGGUACCUGAAGUAGUCUUUGUUUAGCUAUAUCUUGUUAGUGGUUAACAAUGGAAAUAAACGGUUCCUGUCUAGGGCUGUAUUCAGAGAUCAAAAGGGAAUAUUAACAUUUAGAUAAAACUUGCUUGUAAUAAUGUCAUUGUUUGUCUCCUGAAAGUUUGUCGUAAACUGUCUAUGAACUGCUUUAUGGAGAAUCACCUUAUGAUAAUCCAUGUAAUUAAUUACCAGUGAUCUUUAGGAAAUAGAAGGUUACUUCAAAAGCCUAUUGUUCAGCCAAGGACUGUGUGCUGUCAUGACGCUGCAAAAAUGAUCCUUUCUUUUUUGAUCUGCUGAACCUUUAUACCGAGGGGAGUGUGAGUCAGAAGAUGGAGAUCUCCAGUCCUAUCUGGACUGCCCUGACAUUGGACUAGAACUUGAUGAAACGAUUCUGUAAAGGAUUCUUUGCAAUUCUAAAGCAUCAGCUGUACAAUGAAACUGAGCUAAGGACUCUAUGCAUGUCUCUGUGUAUAAUGAUCUUUUCACCAGCACACUCUCUCUUUUCUUCUUUUAAUAAAUCUUAGUUGAGUUAAUAAGAA